AUGCUUGAUGCUGAGGCUGAAUUUUCUGAGAAUUCGAGUGAUGAGGAGUUGUCAGAGGAAGAAAAAUUUGAGGCUUGGAAGAGGAGAGCUGAGGCAAUUGUUGAGUUGAGAGAAGCACAAGAAGACAUGUUGAAUGAGGAGAGCAGGAGGUGGGAGGACUGGAUUGUGGAUUAUGGUGAUAAUGGUCAUGAUGAUGCUAUUAAUGGUUCUUGGUGGAGUCAAGAGUUUGAUGGAAAUGGUGGAAUUGGAAAUCGUGGAUCAGUGGAGGAUGUGCGGUUGGAUCCUACUGACCUUGUACCUGAGAAAGGAUUUGCUGAAUCUGUUAGAGAUUUGGUUCUUGGCAGGGAAGAGGAGGAUUUGCUCUAUGAAGACCGUGUGUUCCGGUAUGCCUCAUUGAAUUCGGCUAAAUUUUUGGCAGUAUUGAUAAUUAUACCCUGGGCCUUGGACUUUGCAGUUCAUGACUAUGUUCUCAUGCCCUUCUUAGACAGAUAUGUGAAGACUGUACCACUUGCAGCACAGAUGCUUGAUGUGAGAAAAAGUCAAAAGCUUGAGAUGAUUAAGGAACUAAAAGUGGAAAAAGCAAGAUUGCAACUUGAGGUAGAGAUUGGUAAAUCUCCACCUCUUUCUGAUGAGGAGGAAUGGUGGGAGCUACGGCAUAAAGCGUUAGAGUUACGGGAUGAGUGCAGGUUAGAAAACCGUAGAUCAUUUGCCAACAUAUGGUCAGAUAUAGUGUUUGGGAUCUCAAUCUUCGUUCUUUUGUACUUCAAUCAGAGGAAUGUAGGUUUGCUGAAAUUUACGGGUUAUAAAUUAAUAAACAAUGUUUCAGAUACUGGGAAGGCAUUUCUAAUCAUACUUAUCACAGAUAUUUUUUUGGGGUAUCACUCUGAAUCUGGUUGGCAGACCUUGCUGGAGGUAAUUGUUGAGCAUUACGGACUUGAAGUUGACCAAUCUGCUAUCACCAUUUUUAUCUGCUUGGUUCCUGUUGUCAUUGAUGCAUUUGUUCAAGCACCUACCAAGAUUAUCCCCGAGGGUGGCAACCAUUUUGCGGGAAAUGCAGCGUCACUAGCAGAAUUGUUUCGGGACCAGAAAUGGAUGGUCCAUGGCAAGGCAACUCAGCAACUCAAGCCAACCCGGCGUCCAGACUCGGUUCCACUCAGCCCACUAGCUCCCCCUUCUGUCAAGCUGCAUCAGUUUCCACAGCUCUCAGUUUUAUCUCGCAUCUAUGGUGACUUUGGGGUGGCAGGACUUCUCAGGUUACAUGUGCUGAACAUUAUUUUCUUUGGCGAGAUGGGAAAGGGGAAGGUCUACAUGAAUGACUCUGACACAUUGAUUUUCACUUGUUUGUUUGUUGGGAAGGGAGUUUAA